AUGAGUGGGCAGUAGUGGGCAAGGAAGCAGCUGGAUGUACUCGAAGCGUGACCUGUAAAUAUUCGUAUUAAUGCUGUUUUGGGGCCGACUCGCUGUCUAACAGAGGUUAAAAUCACAAGCGACCGGUUUGUUUUUAACAUGCAGGGAAAGUUUCUUCUUUUGCUGACCCAGCACUGGAUAAAUGGAACUGACUAGUUAGCUUGGGGCUAGCUUCCUUUGGCUAUGCAUAGCAUUUCUUCUUUAUCUUCGUCUCUUUAUCUUCUCUUAAACUAUGGCCGUUGUCCGUCGGUAAACACGGACUUUAGACAGACAAUUGCAUUGUACGGCCGAUUUCCAUUUGUUUGUUUGAAUCGUUAACCCACAUGGCGUAGCUUUAGUUCCAGUGUCUGUUAGCCUAAAGAUUAAACGGUUUCUGGUCAAGCCAGGAAUUGUUUGUCUACACGAGCAUAACGUUAAUAAACCCGAUGUUUAUUUGCAUCUAGAUCAGUGUGUAUAGGACGGUGAGUUGAAGUUACGUAGUGUGUAUCAUUGCAACUUCUAGUAACCCCGUUGAGCACCGGUCCCUGUUUAAUGUCUGGACAGCUAUGGCUCCAUACAUCUCUAAAGCAGGAGAAUGAGUGCGCGUUUGCGAGGAAGAGGAUGCCAUCAUCUCUCACCGAAGGUUGACCGGCUUGAUAUAUCGAUUAGCUGACCAACACCCGGGAGCACUGAGAAACCCCCAGGAUCUCUGUGUGAGAAGCUGCUGCCUCGACUCCAUUAGUUAGUCUCAUCCAGGUCUUCUGUCCCAUGGCUGCCGUUAGUAGGGUCAGCAUGUUGUCCCAGCUCGGAGACGUGGCCCCUCCAGGUCCAGGAGCCCCGGGGCUGCCCGCUGUGGCCAACACGUCGGUGCCCUCCAGCCCGACGCCAGGCGCCAAUAACAGGGGAUGCGCCUUGAUGGGGUCCUUUGGGAUUUUCCUUCAAGGACUUCUAGCCGUGAUGGCUUUCAGCAUACUGAUGUUGAAACGCUUAAGGGAGCCCAAACACGAGAGGAGACCCUGGAGGAUCUGGUUCCUGGACACAUCAAAACAGGCCAUAGGGAUGUUGUUCAUCCACUUUGCUAACGUCUACUUGUCGGGUCUCACAGAGGAUGAUCCCUGCACACUAUACCUCAUUAACUUCCUGUUAGAUGCUUCUCUGGGUAUGUUGCUCAUCUACGCUGGGGUGAGAGCUGUUAGUGCAAUAGUGGAAUGGAGACAGUGGGACUCGCUGCGUUUUGGAGAAUACGGAGAGCCGGUGCAGUGCACAGCUUGGUUGGGCCAGUGUAUCCUCUACAUCCUCAUCAUGAUGUUUGAGAAAGUUCUUAUCAUGCUGGUCCUGCUCAACCCGCAGUGGAAACAGCUGGCUCUCCACAACCCCAUAAAAAAUCCUGAGCUGGAACUGGCCAUCGUCAUGCUUAUUGUGCCCUUCUUUGUCAACACCCUCAUGUUUUGGGUGGUGGAUAAUUUCCUAAUGAAGAAGCACAGGACAAAAGCAAAGUUGGAGGAGAGGGAAGAGGACUCACGGGGGAACAGCAAAGUGCGCUACAGGCGAGCUCUGUCCCAUGACGACUCUGAGUCAGAGGCAAGUGUCUCCAUGUUGCCAGAUCCUUUUCUCAGCAGACGAUGAGAUGGACGAGUCAGAUGAAGAUGACGUUCGUCGGCUCACAGGCCUGAAGACUGUGAAGAAGAAAAAGCUCCGCAUGGGGAUCCCAGUUUGACCCACGUGCCUGUGCAAUCAAAUAUCCUCUGGUAGCACUUUACCACACAAACUCGCGUAUGUUUCCUCAUAAUAACUUCACAGAUCAAUUGACACGAUCUCUUAAAACUACAAUGUCCUCUGAUGACAUUUGUGUACUGCAGUUGAGUGAGACACUGUUGCCUCCUGGGGAAUUUCUCCAUCUAACAUGGAUUUUCAUUUAACACACUAGGAGACAUUUUGCUGUUAAGCAGGUACUGUUUGGGAUCCCUGUUUCAUUUGAUAUAUACUACCAUGAACAAGUACUAUACGGUUAAAUCCUAUAGGUGAGUAUAAUCAGUUUGAUACUGUUCACACUCCAGUGGCUGUGUGUAUGUAUGUUCAUUUGCUGUUGUGGUCCAGGAUAUGGUCCGAGGGAGAAUCAAAAAAGGCCACAACAGAAGCAAACAUCAUGCAAACAGAACUGUCCAAAGAGGCGGUAACGUUACAUAUUCUAACAUGUUGUUGAAAGUGAUUGUACCUUUGUCCUUUUGUUGUCUCAUUUACAUGUACCACCAUGGCCUGUGGUGAGUGUGUUUAUAUUUGUCCAGUUGUGUAUGGACAUUUGGACACACCUGAAGUUGUCAGCAUUUGAAUACCUGACAGUUACAUUCAGCAGCACAGUUACACCUUUUACUAUUGUAUAUCUUGUAUGUAAUGUUACUCGUGUCAGAGGAAGCACAUUAUUGUUUGCAGCAGCCUCCUUUCAGCUGUUGAACCCAAGACUGCACCAACUUUCAAACAUCAACUCAGUGUUGCAGUUAAUCUUUUAUUGUAGCGAUUUGUUCUUUGUCUAUGAAUGUGAUUUGUCUCUCUAAGUUGUUGUUGUUUGAGUUUUAAGUGUUAUUUUCAGGCCAAAAACUAUGCUUGUGACUAUGCUUGUUCCAAAAGUGUUCUUUCAUUCCGACACAGAGUACAUAUGGGAACCAUUUCUUGCACAAUUUCCCAUUUCCAGCUUUCCUUUUCCUUGUGUGUGACGUUUUUGUUACAAUUAAUGUGCCUGAGUGAAUUUACCAGCAGGUGUUUUGUUGUAUUUAGUUUUGUUUGAUUCCUUUAUUUAGCGCUCAAGGACUUCAGGCAUGAAACAGCAUUCAGCAGGCUCUGAUGUUAAGAAUGUGACAUGUAAAGACCUCUAAACUGUUAAGUGACUGUAAAGCAACUGAAAGAAUGUGUGCGUGUGUCUGUGCGUGCGCGUCCGUGUGGCUGUGUGUGCAUGCUACUUAAUACAUACAGUAAAUCUGUAUGUAACAGCCUGCACUGGGAGCAUGUGCACAUUUUUUGUGUGAUUGAUGGAGCUCUUUAUAAAUGACUCAGACUUGACUUGGGCUGUGAUGACUAUACUGUUGGUUAUGGUUUUGUUAUUAUGUUUUUUGGGAUAUUGGCUAUGAGUAUAUAACUGCACUUCAAAGGAGGCAAAAACUGAAGUCUGCAUAAGUUAUGGUAACGUGUUCCUCAGUCACGACAUAAAGAAGUUUUCUUAUUCUGCAAGUAGAAAUCCUAAAUGAGUAAAAUACAAAUGGCGAACAUAAAUUAUUAUAAAUGCAAUUUGAAUAAAGGGUGUAUGACAUUAAAUUAGUGUUUUAACCCGUGGA